AUGCACUGGAUUCAAGACUGUAAUAAACCAAAACACCACGCUUUGGAGGUGUUUCCAUGCGAACAGUGUGGCAAACAGUACAAAACAAAGAACAGUAUGAAAGCACACAAAUCCCUAGACUGCGCUAAACCGCUACGAUGUGACAAAUGCAAGAAAUCGUACAAGCUAAAGAGUUCCCUGUAUACUCAUCAAAAGUACGAGUGUGGCAAAAGCAAGUCCUUCGGCUGUUCGAAUUGCAAGAAACUAUUUUGGCAUAAGCACAGUCUUCGAGAGCAUAUCAGCAAAAAGAGGUGCAGAUUACUGAACAUAGAAAAAUUUAAAAAAAAUAGGAAUAAUCCAAACCUCAUUCAAACUACAUCUACCAAUAUUGAAAACCAACAUGCAAAUUUACCAUCCACAAGCAGAGAUCAGGAUCAACCUGAGAUAUUUCCAACAGAAAGUUGCCAAAACGAUCAGGAACAGGAAGAUGUCUGGUUAAGGGAGAGAGAAGAAGGAGCCUCUAUUAAUGAAUGUGGCGGUAAUGAAUGUGCAGGUUGUGGAAAAAGAUACAAACAUAAAUCACACUUGAGGAGACAUGUAAAGUACGAAUGUGGAAAGAAUCCUUCGUUUUUCUGUCCCUACUGUCAAUUUCGAGCCAGAAGAAAAGACUAUUUCAGAGAACACUUGAUCAGAGCUCAUUCUGUUGAUCAUUACAACAGCAUAAAACAUACUUUCUAA